UAUGGUUCCAUAGCAACAAGUAAGCUGAGUCAAGGGAGAGGUAAACGGGCUUGACAAGGUCGCAGUGAAUAUGGAGCAGAGUGAAGAAAGCAUCUACAAUCUCGUUGCGCAAGAAAGAAUGGUAGCGAAGAAGCCUGCGCGCUACCAGUCUAAGUUUCGAUCAAUGACUCAAAGUGAGUACAAGGCGAGAAAACAAGGAGCUAACACGAUGGGACCUGCAAAAGUGCCAUUGAAUUCAACACAAGAUUUUCUCAAAAAGCGAUCAGGAGAACCAAAACUUCCAGAACCGUCUCCGUUCAAGUACCCGGAUAAGGAGAAGAGACCGACGGUGCCUACACGGAAAGAUCAACCAAUGAUGGGCGUGAAGUGUAACAAAGAUUUUAUUAAAACCAACGCUGUGGAAACUAUCAACUCAGUCGCUAAGAAACCGAGUGAAAGAUACGCAGAUACAGUGAAAGGAGCAACUCACGCACUCACCCCAUCAGGACUCGUUCCGAAAUAUUUACAAAAGAAGGAUUAUGGAAAGACACCGGGAUAUCUAACGAAACGUAGGGAAGAAAUGGAACAGGCACAGAGAGAAUACGAAGAAUACGUCGAGGAAUCAAGACGACAAGGAGCUCUCAAGCAAAUACAAGACGACGAACGUGAUGUGAUAUUGGCUGGUCUGAAGAAGAACUGGGAAGAAGUACAUCAUCAGUAUCAAGGACUUUCUGUUGUUGCCGACACGGCACCAAAGAAGGCACGCAAAGAACGAAUGGAAGCCGAGAUGAAACAACUCGAGAAAGACAUUGAAAUGAUAGAAAAACAUAAAGUCAUUUACAUCGCUCACGAUCAGCCAAAGUUUUGGUACUAAGACUCUGCAUAUUCAUCUGACACUGUAGCUAUAGAUACGUGACGUAGCGAGACCAACAAGCAAGUAUACACUACAAUUAAAUUAGGAGACAGUACGCAGGGCGGAUUUUAGUGCGCGCGCGUGUGUACAUGUUAUACAAACAUUAAUACAAUCGCAAUACAAA